AUGAAAAAAAGGAGCAUAGGUGACACAAAGGACCGCCCUUUCAAAUGCACGCACUGCCACUGGGCUUUCAAGAAGCUGUGCAAUUUGCAGAGUCACUUACAAACGCAUACUGGCCUCAAGCCAUAUGUAUGUGAUGUAUGUGGUAAGGCAUACUCUCAUCAAGGCACUCUGCAGCAGCACAAACGUCUGCACACGGGUGAAAGGCCGUAUCACUGCCCUUUCUGCGUCAAAACAUACAUCUGGUCUUCGGAUUACCGCAAACAUAUCCGCACUCACACUGGUGAGAAGCCCUAUAUCUGUGAGAGUUGCGGCAAGGAUUUCAUCCGCUCCUCUGACCUGCGGAAGCAUGAAAGGAACAUGCACACCAACGAUAAGCCUUUCCCAUGCACGCACUGUGGCAAGACCUUCAACAAACCCCUCUCUCUGAAGCGUCAUGAGCGUAAGCACCUGGGGGAGAGGCCCUUCUCCUGCUCUGACUGCGGAAAAGCAUUCGCCCUGGCCAGCCGCAUGGCAGAGCAUCAGAAAUCCCACAGAGGAGUACGUCCAUAUGCUUGCUCUGUGUGCUCCAAGUCUUUCACUAAAUCCUCCAACUUGACUGAGCAUGAGGCAAUUCACACUGGAGUGCGGCCGUACAAGUGCCUAGAGUGCGGCAUAGCAUUUGCCUUGGCUUCACGCCUCGUUCGUCACCAGUUCAUCCAUAAUAAACAGACGCCCCACAGCUGCACAGUCUGCAGCAAGAACUUCAGCCACAUUGCACAAUUGAAGCUGCAUCAGGAGCAAACAUGUGCCGGGAGGAUAUUUGUCUGUGUAGAGUGUGACAAAUCUUUCCACUGUGCCACCAAACUUGCACAACAUGUGUUGAAACACAAUGACAAAAGUUAA